CCGCCGCCCCCGCCGCCUCCCCCGCCGCCGCCGCCCCAGGCGGAGAGCGCGCCGUUCAGCACCGCGGACAGCGGCGGGAGGAUGAACGGGCUGGCGCCCGGCGGCGGCGGAGGAGGAGGAGGAGGCGGCCCCAUCGCCAUGAAGGACCACGAUGCCAUCAAGCUCUUCGUGGGCCAGAUCCCGCGCAACCUGGAGGAGGGCGACCUCAAGCCCCUCUUCGAGGAGUUCGGCAAGAUCUACGAGCUCACCGUCCUCAAGGACCGCUUCACCGGCAUGCACAAAGGCUGUGCCUUCCUGACGUACUGUGCCAGGGAUUCGGCAUUGAAGGCCCAGAGCGCGCUGCAUGAGCAGAAGACGUUACCUGGGAUGAAUCGUCCAAUCCAAGUGAAACCAGCCGACAGCGAGGGUCGAGGAGACAGGAAGCUCUUUGUGGGUAUGCUGGGGAAGCAGCAGAGCGAGGACGACGUCCGGAGACUCUUCGAGCCCUUUGGCCAGAUCGAGGAAUGCACCAUCCUCCGAGGCCCCGAUGGGGCCAGUAAAGGGUGUGCCUUUGUGAAAUAUGGGAGCCACGCGGAAGCGCAAGCGGCGAUCAGCAGCCUCCACGGCAGCCAAACCAUGCCGGGAGCUUCCUCCAGCCUGGUGGUGAAGUUUGCCGACACAGACAAGGAAAGGACCCUGCGGCGGAUGCAUCAGAUGGCAGGGCAGCUGGGGAUCUUUAAUCCGAUGACGAUCCAGUUUGGAGCCUACGGGGCGUACACACAAGCGCAGCAAGCCGCUCUUAUGGCCGCAGCACAAGGGACCUGCCUCAACCCCAUGGCGGCCAUCGCAGCGGCUCAGAUGCAACAGAUGGCGGCCUUCAACGUCAGUGGGCUGGUCGCCGCUCCCAUGACCCCCUCAUCAGGUACAAGCACACCUCCAGGGAUCAGCACAGCACCUGUCCCCAGCAUAGCCACACCCAUCGGGGUGAACGGAUUCAGUCCUCUCCCCCCGCAGACCAAUGGGCAGCCAGCGUCGGAAACGAUCUACACCAAUGGCAUCCAUCCCUACCCAGCUCAAAGUCCCACUGUGGCCGACCCCCUCCAACAAGCCUACGCAGGCAUGCAGCACUAUGCAGCAGCAUAUCCAGCCGCCUAUGCACCUAUCAGCCAGGCCUUCCACCAGCAAGCUCCCAUCAUUCCCCAGCAGCAGAGAGAAGGUCCUGAAGGCUGUAACCUCUUCAUUUAUCACCUGCCCCAGGAGUUCGGGGACGCAGAACUCAUGCAGAUGUUCUUGCCUUUUGGCAAUGUCAUCUCUGCCAAAGUCUUUGUUGACCGUGCCACCAACCAAAGUAAAUGCUUUGGUUUUGUCAGUUUUGACAAUCCAACUAGUGCUCAGGCAGCCAUUCAGGCCAUGAACGGCUUCCAGAUCGGCAUGAAGAGGCUAAAGGUCCAACUAAAACGGCCAAAAGAUGCCAACAGACCCUAUUGACCCCUGCUCACCUUGGCCCUGAAAACAGAUGGGACGCCGUGCGGCGUAUGAAGAGUAUUCCCCUUGUCCCGAGUGCAGUAUCCAAACUUGUAACUCUCUUUCUUUGCAACAUAUCACGGAAGAAGAGGAGGAGGAGGGAGAAGAAGAGAGAAAGGAUGCUCGUGAAAAAGAGAGCCAGUUUGGUUGUACCUAUCUUUUUUUUUUCCCUUAGUUUCCAGAAUCAGUUGGGGUUUUGUCUCUUUAAAGGCGGACGGCAAGCUAAGAAGGGUGAUGCAACGAUAUUGGAAAGAAGGGAAAGAGGAUAUUUAUGGAUUCGGAGCUCCAGGACGGAAGAGGCUGCCGAAGGAAGAUUUUUUUUUAAGAAAAUCCCUCGCGACUCAGAGGGGUAGGAUUUUUUGCAAGAGGAAAGGUCGCGGGCACAGUAGCCUGCUGGUGGGACCUGCCUCUCAGAAGCACUUGACCAAUUACUAGAGACUUCAGAAGAGCGAGGCCAAACAGAUCUAAACCAAAGCUGGUGGAUUUGGACUAGGCUUAUUAUGUUUCACCUGGGAAAUGCUUUGUUUUUAAAAAAAGAAAGGGUAAGAGGAAAAGAAAAGGGGAGGGAGAUUUUUUUCCACGUCUGUUUUGGGAAAGAAAAUCAAAAAAAUGCUAAGAGGAUGUUGAACUUAACAGAAGAUUAUAUAUAUAAAUAGGUCUA